UGGGGAGUCGCCUCUAGCCGGCUCCUCAGUACGGCCACUGCCCCGCUUCUUGGAGGGUCCUCUUCCACGCCGAGUCUCGCUAUUGGUUAUCCAGUCGUACUUAGAAUAUAUCUUAGUGUGUCCUUAUCUGCUCCAACUCUAACGCUUACAAUAAUAUAGAGCUUUACUGUUUGUUGUUUUUUACUUUGUUUGGUUUGAGCAUAACCUUAAAGACUAACCCCCUUGCCGGUGAAAGACAGGAGAGGACGAGGUCGAGCGACAGUGAUAUGGGGUAAGGAAGAUGGAAGAAGGCAAGAAGAGCAGGAGUUCGCUGAAGGACCGCGUGGCCUUCUACGAGGAGGCUUGCGGAGGUGGUUCGCCCAGCAAGGAGUCUUCUGGAUCGGGAGAAAGGCCAUCCAGCCCAAGAAGUGACUCUACCAGAGGUUCCCAGGAAUCGCUCUUCGAGAGGACCACCGUGCACUUCUCUAGUAAAGUUCACGUGGACGUCCACAUAAGGAGGCUUAAAGAUGAGCAGGAAAGAGUGCAGAAAAAAACUUUUGUGAACUGGAUAAAUUCGUACCUAUCAAAGAGAUCCCCUCCUCUCCGCGUUGAGGACUUAAUUGAAGACUUAAAAGACGGAACGAAACUUCUAGCACUUCUAGAAGUUCUCUCAGGAGAAAAAUUGCCGACCGAAAAAGGACGAAACUUAAGAAGGCCACAUUUUUUAAGUAAUGCAAAUACUGCAUUAACAUUUUUACAAAGCAAAAGGAUAAAACUUGUCAAUAUCAAUUCUUCAGAUUUAGUUGAUGGAAGACCACCUGUUGUUCUAGGACUUAUAUGGACAAUUAUUUUGUACUUCCAGAUUGAAGAAAAUACUAGAGCCCUCGCAUCAUUGGGUCAUAAUUUUGGAGGAAGCACUUCAAGCUUAGAAGGAACAAGGACACCCGAUCCUGCUACAGAAAGGCGAAGAAGGCCAGAACCUGCUAAACAAGCUUUAUUGAAAUGGGUUACCAACGCACUUCCAAAGGACAUAGGUUUGGAAGUGAGGGAUUUCGGUCCAUCUUGGCGAGAUGGUUUGGCAUUCCUUGCUAUAGUAGAUGCUAUAAAAAAAGGACUGAUAGAUUUAUCUCUUCUGAGAAGAGCUACAAACAGAGAUAGACUUGAAACAGCUUUUGAUUUAGCUGAACGAGAACUUGGAAUCGCAAGGCUGCUUGAUCCUGAGGAUCUCGAUGUCGAAAGACCAGAUGAAAAAUCUGUGAUGACUUAUGUUGCUCAGUUCCUGCACAAAUAUCCUGAACUUCGCUCUGAUUCAGGAGAAAGACUUAGUUCCAUUGAAUCAGAAUACAAAGAACUGAGAUCGUGGCUUUUAGAAAGAACUCAGUAUUUAUCCGAUCCAUCAAAUCUCCAUCUUGACUUAUCGAUGAGGCAUUGGCUUUGGCUCCUCGAUUCACAAUUACCCGAACCAUUUUGCCGCAUUGGGGAAUGGUUAUAUAGAGCUGAGAAUUUAUUAGAAGAUAAUGAAAUACCACUGGCUAUGAAUGAAGAAACUGCCGGAAUCAUCAGCCGGAAACUUGAAGAACAUAAGGCAUUUUUCUGUGAUCUUCCUCCUGUACAAGAGCAGUUUCAUGCAGCUAUCAGUAGAAGAGACCAUCAUGAUUUUGUACACCAACAGCAGUUGGAUAUAAUGGCUAGAAGACUGAAUGAAAUUGGGCCUAAAGCAGCCGUACGACGCAUUAGGCUUAAAUUUUUGGAACACAAGUGUUGUCUUAUUGCCUUUAUGGUGCUUACUGAAAAUAAAGUAAAAAGUUGGACAGUCAAAUAUGGAAAUGAACAAAAGGUUCAACAACUCCUGGACCAGUAUAAAAAUUUUGUUUCCAGAAAUAAAAUAUUCCAAGAAUUUAACAAAGCCUUUGUUGACAUGCAACAUGUUGUCGAAGAAUAUAAGGCUGAAGGAAAUAUAGAUCAAAGAGAAGGAGCUUUGGUUGAUAGAUUCAUGAGAGAUACAGCUGAAAGAUGGAAAGGAGUGUGUAUGGAACUGCGCUGCGUCCAGAGCAUGCUGGAAGAAGUCUUGAUAUACUGGAAGAAGUGGAAUGUCCUCCACACAGACAUCCAAGAUUGGCUUCAUGCUUCUGAACCUAAAUUAUCUUUGGAUGAGGAAGGAAGAAUGGAAUAUUUUCAGGAUAUCGGAGUUUGGAAAGAAAAGUAUCAGCUCCUUGGAGACACUGUAAGUUUUCUCAUAGCGACAACUGAAGAUCAGAUCGCUGCACAAUUAAAAGAACAAUAUAGACUACUCACUGCUAUGUGGGAGUUCAUAUUUUCAAAUACUAAACAGUACAUGGAAGCAGGUGAAAUGCUUAGGCACAGAAGAGAAUAUAAACAAGCUAUAGAAAAACUCCAGGCAUGGCUGAGGGAAGCUGAGAAUAUUCUUGAUUCUCCAAGAUUAGAAUCUACAGAAAAAAUUAAAGCUCAUAUUGAACAAUUAAAGAUUUUGCAAGGAGAAUUAAAUGAAAUUGAAGAAUUAUUUAAAGUCAUCAGCAAAAAAUUCCAAACACUUAUACAAGACUUAUCACGUGAGGAUGUUGAUAAAAUGAUGAAUGUUUUGAAAAAAGAAAAAGAAAGUAUCUUAAGAUUGCGUGCAAGGAUAGGAAUGCAAUCCCAACUUUUACAUCAGUUGCUGAUUCAGCAGCAAUCAUUGGAAACUUGUCAAAAAGAGAUAUCAGUCUGGCUUGAUUCUGCUGAAGAUUUUCUUAGCCAGUUAAAUCUGGGAGGUGAAAAAGAAGUAUUACAGGCCAAGCUAGAAAAACAUAAGGCAUUUUUCUCCAAAACUCUUUAUUAUAAAUCGAUGCUAGAUAGUAAAAACAAAGUACUGACUACUCUAUUAGUAUCUCUAAAAAAUGCUGAAGGUGUUGAUACCAGAGAGUUUGAAGCCAAAAUGUUAGCUUUGAAUCAAAGAUUUAGUAAAAUAAUUCAUGAUGCCACCACCUGGGAACAAGCGCUAUUAGAAUCCAUCCGUGGAUGGAAAAAUUUAAAAGAAGUUGAACGUGUCAUUAAUGAAUGGGUUCAAGCAGCAGAGAAAUUAAUGAAUGAAAAACAUAUUGACAGUGAACAAACCCUGGAAAACCAUAAGAACACAAUUUCUCAAGGUCCAACUCAUUUAAUAAGAAUGGAAUUUAUACUUAAAGAACAAAUCUUUCAUAGAAAUAUCAAGGAAAUAGAAAAAGAACUCAAUUUAGAAACUCGAGCUUUGAAUAAAAAUGAAAACUUCUCUGAAAUCAUCACUAGAAACAAGGAACUUCUCGAGGGGAAAUUGACUUUCGAAGUCAAAAAAUGUUUAGAAGAAAUGAAGGCAUGUGUCCACGCUGUUAGUCAGCAUCCAAAGGAAGAAGCAGCAUUGAGCGAAGCCUUCCAUUUGUCGGAAGUAAAAUGGCAAAACCUUUUGGGAAGAAUUUAUGAAUUUGAAAAACAAUUACAAAUAAUUCCUGAUCAAUGGAGUGCCUAUAAGACAAAGUUCAUAGAAAUGGAAAAGUGGAUGGAUUCUGUAGAUAUAAGCAUCAAAAAUCUUCUGCAGGAAUUGUCAACUGCUGAGGAAUUUGAAAAUGAACGUUUAACAUUCCAAACAUUAGAUACCCUCGCUUCGCAUGGUGCUAAUCCAGCAGAGGAACAAGCUAAAUUAGACCAAUUACUUACAAGAUAUAAAAAACUUAUUCCUGUCAUCGAAAUGACUGUUGUAAGGACGGAGCUGUAUUCGAAGUGUUAUACAUAUAAACGAGAAGUUUCUGAGGUGUGUGAAUUACUUGAAAGAGUUACAACAUCAUCAAAAUGUGAAGUCGAAAGACCAGAAGUUUUGAAUGAAAUGCUAGUUGCACAAGAAACCGCAGUUGCCUCUUUAGAUGCCCAACGGCCAAAUAUUGUUGCUAUGUUGCAACGUGGGCGCACACUCUCUAAAGAAUCCAGUGCUCCUCAAUUCAUUUCACAAGAUGUCACUCGCUUAGAAUCUACUUGGAAUAGAACUUAUACAACUACUUUAGACAAACUUAAUAUCUUGAAAUCUACUCAAAAAACUUGGGAGCUUUAUACAAAUUCGAAAAAUGACAUCAUGCACUUAUUAGAAAAAGCAGAAAUAGAACUUUCCAAAGCAACAAAAGGAGUUGGAAGUGCUAACGUUGCUGAAGAUCUCAGAGCCAAACAAGAACUGUGUUCAGCAUUGAGGAUCGCCACUGAAGAUAUAUUGAAGAGGUUGAGGCUUUAUACCAAGGAACUCGCCACCAUAGUACCUCAUGGUGAAAAAGUAUUUCUUGCUGAGGUAUCUGAAAUCAAAGUGGAUGAGUUACAAAAGGAAGUUUCAAACUGGAUAGAAUAUGAAACUGGUGUUAGAAAAGUUAAGAGCUGGGCUGUUGAAACAGCUCCUGUUUCAAUCGGAAGUUUAUCAAUUGGCCUUGCUCCAGAAGAACGUAUCGUAAAAUCUACUGAAAUACUUCAACAAGCUCAGCUGUCCAGACAAAAUUUGGAACAACUGAAGAAAACUGCCAAUGUUUUACUUAGAGGUAACAAAGCAGAAAUUCAAGGAAGUAAAGCUGUUAUGGUAGAACUGAACGAUGUUGACGACACUGUAGCAGCUAUAGAAAAAGCCAUAGCUUUUGAAAAACAAGAAUUGGAACGAGGCACAAUAGCAUUGCAGAAAUUUGAAGUGUCAUCUGCUAAGAUUAAACCUUGGCUAGAAAAAGUCGAAGUGGAAACUAGUAUGGGCAUUCCUAAACCAAUUGUUUUGGAUGACGCCAAAGAACAGCUGCAGCAAGCCAAGCUCUUCCUGAAAGAAUGUACUGAAAAGAAACAAGUACUCGAUGAAAUGUCUCAGUUGAUGGGAACGCUUCCACCGGAGAGCCUUGCUAUCAAUACAGUUGAUAUUUAUGUUUCUCGAUGGACAGCUCUGGAGUCCACAGCGAGAGCAAGAGCAGAAAAGAUGGAGAAGCUAGUUGCAGCAUGGUCAGAAAUGGAGGCAACAGCUGGUCAGAUACAUGAUUGGCUUCAUUCACCGGUUUUCCAGGCUAUUUUGCAAAACCCUGAGCCCAGGGAGGAAGAUGGUCCCAUUGAAAUGCAGCUAAUGAAAUUAAAAGAAUUGAAAGAAGAACUUUUGCAAGGCCAAUCUAAUAUCACUAAACUUGGACAAGCUGCUGACGUGAUUGCUUCAGGAUUAGCGGUUGAAGGAGCCACUUUUGUUAAGACAAAAGUUGGAGAGCUCAAAGCCGUAGCUGUGUCUAUUUCAAAUGCUAUUAAUCAGAAAGCAAAUCUAUUGGCUGAAAUGAGCAUUGCUAGGGAAGAUUUGAACAAUGAUCUUAAGUCAGCUGAGCUAUGGGUCAUUGAAAACGAAAAUGUACUAGAAGCAGAAGUUUCUCCAGAAACUGUCAAUAGUGUGCUAGAAAUGUACCAUAUGUUCUUACAGGAGCACGCAGAAAAACAACCACUACUGACUGAUGUUGGAGAACGAAUUCAUAAAGCAGAACAUUUGAUUCCAAAUUAUGAAAAUCUGUUGAGUAAAUAUCAGGAUUUAAUGAUGAAAGUUGAACUUCAGAGAGGAGUUGUAGAAAAAUGGCGUGAAGUCAUUUUAUGGGUUAAAUCUGGAGCUGAAGUUAUUGAUCAUAUUUCCCAUCAAUUGGAGACCAAUUGCCCUUUACAGGAAGUUGAGAAAAAACUAAAAAGUGUUGAAGAGGAAUUAGCUGCGUGGAGCGAUGCUGCUAAUACAGUUGAACACCUUAUACAUGAGUCCAAAGUUACUGUCAUUCAUCCAAUGCCUUCAGAAAUUAUUAAAGAACUUUUUAAUAAAGUCCAUCGUAUAAGAGCACAAUUGGACUCGAAAAAAGAAAUGGCCAACAAAUUAGGUGAACUGUGGCACAGUUUCCAGGAAAAUCAGGAACAUUUGUCUUCCGAAAUUUUGAAUUCACAGAGCGCUAUCGAAGAAUUAUUCUUAGCACCGUCAAAUUGUUCUCAGCUUGAAGAAUCUAUAAAAGUUCUUGAUGAUAUAAAUGAAAAACAUAAAGCUAAUACAGUUGAGAAAGAACAGUUGUUUAAUAAAGGGCAUAUCUUAUUAAAUGAAGAUAAGAAAAAUGCUGCAACCAUUCAAAAUAUUCUAGCAUCCAUAGAUUUGAACUGGGACAAAGUUUCUGACAGAAUUAAGGAAUAUAAGAUAGUUCUUAAUGAUAUGCUUAAUGCUUGGAAUGACUUCAAGAACAUGCAGGAAAAUUGCCAUGAUUCAAUAGAAAGUGUUAAAAUGACUAUCGAAGGCAUGGCAGUUCCAAGUGACCUAGCAUCUACUGCUACGUCCUACGAUAAGUGUCGCAAAGCUUUAGACACACUAGACGAUACCAAAGUUGUCAUCAGCAGGAUGGAAAAUAAACUUCAAAUGAUAAGGAAGUAUGCUAAAACAUUGCCCAAUUUCAGCACAACUGAUGUAGAAAAUAACCUUUCAAAACUAAAAGCAGAUUGGAAGGAAACAGCUGAUAAUACUAUGGCAAAGCUUCAAGAUCUGGAAUCCCAAGCAGUCAUAUGGAAACAAGUUGAAGAAGUCAAGGAAAAAUUAUGUGACUGGUUAGACAAUAUGCAUCAGUCCUUACAAAGUUGCAUAGAUUCACCCUCUGAUACGGAAUCAGUGAAUAUAAUAAUGCGUCUUUAUGAAAAUGAAUAUCCAGAAUACAAACAGCUUAAAGAAAACAUUUCUGAAAAAGGUAAACAGCUUGCUCAAUGUUAUGAUAUCGAGUAUGUUCCUAAUAUCCAGUCGGUGGAAACUAUGAUUCAAGGAAAAUUCGAUUCAGUUGAAAAACUCUACAGUCAAAUUAAUAAUAAUAUGAAAUCUUAUUCUGAAAGUGAAAAUAAAGUAAAAGAUAUGGUAAAACAAGCAAAUAAUAAAAUUAGUAAUAUUCGAGAGAAAAUUGCCAAAUGUGAUAAUUUGAAUGGUGAAAUUCCAGUCAUUUUAGAAAGGUUGAAACUUUGUCGUUCUUUGAAAGAUUCAUUAAAAGAAUUUGAUGUAUGUGCAAUUGAAAGCGAGUUUCACGAUAUUACAAAAGAUUAUCCCAACUUUUCUAACCCUGUCAUUGGAAAAGAAAUCUCUGUUCUUCAAAAACGAUAUGCAGAUAUUGCAUUACAAGCCGAUAAAGUCGAGUCCAAUCUUAUGAACUUUUUAAUUAAAUAUCAUAAUGAAAAGCUUUCUGCCUUAAAAAGGUCUGUUUCCAAUUACAAGGAAAAAAUUAUCUGGUGCAUCCCAGAGAUUGAAAAUGAUAGGAAUGGUUUGGAAGCAAAAUUAUCUUCUCUUUCAGAUAUGGAACCUGGAUUAAAAGAAUGUAAUGAUUGCAAAAAUAAUCUUCAAAUUUCUUUGCAAAUGCUGAUGGAUGUCGGUUGCGGAAAAGAGGGUGAACAUUUUCAAACAGAGCAACAGCAACUUUCUAGUAUCUUAGAAGAAACCAAUAGAGACUAUGCUAAAUGUCAUGAAAACUUAAAACAACUUUUAUCUCUAUGGGAAAACUUCGAGCAUAAGUUUGAUAAAUUAAAUAACUGGCUCAGAGAAGUAGAAAAUAAUGUUAAGGCUCAAAGUCUAACUCAUACCGACCUGUGUACUAUAUCGACCAAAAUUAGAGAGUUAGAACCCAUCAAGAAACAGCUGGAUAAAAUCGAACCUUUGCUGUCUGAAAUAGACGAAGUAAACAAACAGUUAGGAGAAAAUUGUGAUAAUACAAGAACUAGUCAUCAAAUCACUGCUCUCAAGUCAAAAUAUCAAACAAUAUUGAAAUCAGUAUCAAGUUACAGUGACAGGUUGAAUUCGGUAAAAAGUAAUUAUGAUUUGUACCAUGAUGCUCUGAUAGCUGCUCAGAAUUGGAUCAGUAGUUCUAGCAGCAGUUUGGAUAGUAUUAAAGAACGGCUUAAAUCCCGCGUCACCACACAAAUUUACAAAGAACUUCUUCAAGACUUGAAAUCUUUCAAUAGUGAUCGUGAUAAAGGACAAGCCCUUUUAAACAAUGCCAUUCAGUCUGGCGAGGCUUUGUUUGUUGAAAUAACCCCUGACAAUCGAGAAGUUAUAAGAAAUGAACUAAGGAAUCUUAGAGAUUCUUCAGAAGCUUUAAUUGAUCAAGCCAACGCUAUUUCUAAAACCAUCGAAGGUGCUCUAUUGAAAAGAAAUUCAUUUGACGACUGCUUUGCCCAACUUCUUCAAUGGCUUUCCGAUACUGAAAAGAAAGUGAAUGAAUAUCAUUCAUUACAACCUAAUUUACAAGACAAGAAAAUUGCGCUUCAUCACUAUCGCAACUUGCAACAAGAUAUCAUUACUCACCAGAAUAUAUUCAAACAAUUAGAAGAAAAAGCGGGGGCUUUCUCAGACGAAGAAUCUGGUGUCAAAUUAAAUGAAAUUUUAGUGAAAUACAAUUCCCUUUUAGAAAAAUCUAAUGAAUUAGUUGGCACUUCUGAAAAGUAUGUUUCGAAUCAUGAAAAUUUUCUUGCAGCAUUGGAAAAAUCACGAGAUUUCCUUCGAAUCCUCAUUAGCGAAGAAGCUAUUUCUGAUAAAGAUGGUAAUGAAGGAAAGCUUGUAAUAAUUGAAAAUCUUCUUUCCCAUAAAAAUGAUGGAGAAGGUCUAAUACAGACCUGCGACCUAUUACUCGAAACUGUAUUGAAGGAAACAGAUCAAGUAGGCCAUGAAGGCAUUAUUUCAGAGCUUGAGGAACACAAGGAGGCAUGGAGGCUCUUCCUUAAUCGCUGCUCGAAUAAUGUGGCCAAGCUAAAACAACUUUGUAAUAAAUGGGAUAAAUUAAUUAAAGAUUUAGAAGAGCUGACUAAAUGGGUUCAGACGAAAGAAAUGCAAGUAAAAGAUCAAAGCCUGAAAAGUACUUAUGCUGCUAAGCAGGCUCAUUUAGAAAAACUCAAGUCUCUAGAUGAAGAAGUGAAAAAUAAAGCUGAUGAGUUCUCUUCUCUUGUUUCAUCAUCGGUUGAAGCUGAUGCUGAACUGGCUGAUAGAGUUUCAAAAACAGCUUUGAGAUAUCAAGCACUUAAGAAUCAAUCAAAGGAAAUGCUUCUUCGGUAUGAACAAUACGCCAAAGAGCAUUUAGCUUUUGAUACAGCCUAUAAAGACUUCCUUGACAAGUUGAACUCUGCUCAUGAAGAAUUAAAACAACACAACCAGAUAGUUGGCGAUUUGAAUGCAUUACAAGAAAAACAAAAGAAGGUGCGAGACUUAUCCGAUCUGAAGUCGAGAGAGAGUGGAAAAUAUGAAAGUAUUUUAGAUUUAGGAGAAAAAUUAUACAGCCACACUUCUCCUGAUGGAAGAGAAAUAAUAAGACAGCAGCUUCGAGAUUUAAGAAGUUUAUGGGAAGCUCUCUCAGAAAAUUUACAGGAAUCAUUGCAAAUUUUGGAACAGUGCCUUGUGCAAUUUGCAGAAUUCACCUUGAGUCAAGAACAACUGACAAAGUGGCUUAAAGAAGUAGAAAAGGCUAUGCAAGCACACACUGAAUUAAAAGGAACAUUGCAAGAAAAGAAAGCCCAACUGCAGAAUCACAAAAUUAUGCAUCAAGACAUUUUGGGAAACCAUCCACUUAUUACAUCUGUUUGUGAUAAAGCUAAAAAUUUAGUAGAUCAAACCAAAGAUACAACUCUUAAUGUUUUUCUGACAUCGAUACAAGAACUGUUCGAUAACAUUGUUUCUAAAUCUCAGGAACUUCUCGGGAACUUGGAGACUAAUGUAGAAAACCAUAAUGAAUUUUGUGUAAAAUGUCAGAACUUAAGGGAUUGGAUCGAAAGUGAAAAAGGAAAACUAAACCAAUGUGAUGACUGCACUGGAGAAAAGCCUGAUCUUCAGAAGAGAUUGGAACAUGUCAAGAUUUUAAAAGGAGAAUUAGUGGAAGGAAAUUCAAAACAAACUGAACUCAAGUCCUUAGCAUGUGUCAUUAGGAAGGCAACAACUAAAAAAGGACAAUCAUUGAUUGAUAAAGAGAGGAAUAAGUUAGAAACCAAUCAUGAAAAACUUAUUGAUUACGCUAGUAACAUAGAGAAAAAUCUUGAAGCUACCAUAGCGCAGUGGUUGAGGUUUGAAGAAGAGCUCGAAAACCAUACCAAAUGGUUCCGCACUGUUGAAGCAGCAUUUAGAAAUCAGCAACCGAGAGCUACUCUUGAAGAGAAACAGGAACAGUUGGAAUCGUAUAAGAAAAUGCGUGAUGAAAUAACUGAUCACGAGGUUAAAAUUGAUUCUUUUGUUGAUGACUCUAAUGCUUUAUUGUCUUCCAGCGGGGUGGAUCGUAUAAAACCACUGAUUUCUCAAAUUAGCAAUAGAUAUCAGUUGCUUCAUGUUUUGAGCAAAGAAGUUAUAAAUCGCUGCCAGAGUGUUGUUGAAGAUCACAAAACAUUCAAUUCCAAAUUAACUGAAACGGAUAAUUGGCUGGAAGGCUUAGAAGAAAGACUUAAAAAUGUAGAAGUUGCCGAAGGACUAGCUAAAAAAUCAGGUUUAUUGAAAGGUCUUGCUACUGAGAUCGAACAGGGUCAUAGCAGACUUUCCAAUUUGGGAGCGGUUGGCGAUAGGCUACAUCCGGACACAGCAGCAAACGGAAGAGAAAUAAUUAGGCAGCAGUUGAGGAAAAUACGUUCAAGAUGGGAAGCACUCGAGGAAGGAGUGAAAGCUCAACAGAAGUUAGUCGAUGCACAAUCUUUGCAGUGGAAUACUUAUCAGGAAAGUUUGGCGCAGGUUCUAUCUUGGCUCGAUCAGAUGGAGAAGCACCUGAAACAUGACAGCAUUUUCACAUUGACAUCUCCAAAUGAUAUCAGAUCAAAACUUCUUCGCCAGAAGGCUUCCUUACAAGAGGUAUUUUCUCAUAAAAGAAUAAUUGAAAGUGUCUUGGAGAAGGCUGCUGCUGUCGGUGAUGAAACACCAGAAUUAAAGACUCUCAGCCCUCGUUAUGAAAGUCUAAUAGAUCAACUUCUUGGUUCUAUCACACAGCUUGAGGAAUACUCUGAUGCUGUCCAAGUUUUCAGUGAUCUUCAAAAACAGCAUUUAGAUUUCCAGAAUCAAAUUAAAGAUAGACUUGCAACCUGUACUGAUUACAGUGGCAACCGUAGUAUGCUCCAGUCUCGAUUGAGUAAAGUUUUGGAAAUAAAAGAUAAUUUGAUAGAAGGAACUGUGCAAUUGAAGGGAAUCGAAGACCAUGUCAAUCAAAAUAAAUCAAAGAUACCUGUAAGAGCUAAAGAAGCAAUGGAUAGAGAUGUAACUAACCUCAAGUUUUCAUUUGAUAAAAUCACUUUGGGUGUCAGUGAUGUCAUACAGGAACUAGAGAGCCGUAUGAACCAAUGGACUGAAUAUCAAACUUCACUGGAGAAACUUCAGACUUGGAUGGAAGAAGCUGAAUUGAGCUUGAAAAGCUACACUCCUGUAUCAACACUCUCUGAAAAACAUUCCAAUUUGGCCAAAUAUCAGUCUCUAUUAUUAAGUAUGAGACCUCAAGAAGAAGAUCUAGAGAAGUUAAAUAAUUCCUCGUUGGAACUUGCUGAACAAUCAAGCGACUCUAAGAUAUCAGUUAGCAUUCAACAGAUAACAUCAAGAUUUCAGUCGAUUCAGAGUACAUGCAAAGAAUUGGUUAAAAAGUGUGAACAAGCAGUCACAGACCAUGAAUCAUUUAAUUCCAAAUUUAAAGAAGCAUCUGAAUGGCUUAACAUUCAGAAGAAUGAAUUGGAAGAAAUAAAGAGAGAAAUCAGCGGCAGUACACAGAAUCAAUUAGGACCUCUAAGCGAAAGAUUGUGUUCUUUAUUGGAGACAAAAUCAAACGGAACUGCAAUUAUGAAUGCGACCGAUGACGCAGCAGAGAAGUUGUAUUCAACAACUGCGGUUAAUGGUCGUGAUCAAGUACGCUUGCAAGUUGAAGAGCUGCAUACUUCAUUCGAUUCUUUGUAUGAUAGCACAACAGACAUUGAGAGGCAACUUAAAUCAAGAAUUUCAAGUUGGAGUGGAAUUGAAGAGAGGUGUGCCAGGCUUCAGAAAUGGUUGAAAGAGACGGAGUCAUUAUUGCCCAAUGAACCAGAACUAAAAGCCACAUUAGAUGAAAAGAGGGGGCAACUCCAAGCAUACAGGGCUAUUCUUCAAGAUGCCAAUGCUCACCAUCAAGACCUUGUGACUUUGAGGGAUAAUUUCGAUUCAUUGCCUGAAAAAAAUCAAGAAAUCGAAAAGAGAAUUCAGGAAAUGACAAAGCAACACUCCGAUAUACUAAAUAAAGCUCAGAAAUUUGUCGAAACUUAUGAAGGCAUCGUUAACACACAUCAAGAAUACUGUAAAGCUGUAAUGGAAAUGCAAGAAUGGACCGAAGCUACCAACAAUACUGUCCUUUUGUGGGGAGAUCUAGACUUAGAAAGAGUAUCACUUCAUACUAACUUAGACCGGUUGAAGAACUUAGAAAUCGGUCUUCGUGAAGAAGAACCUAGAUUAGAAGGAAUCAGAGCACUAGCAGAAAAAGUACUACCUGGAACAAAUUUAUCAGGCCAAGGGAAUAUAAGAGAGCAGGUUGAUUCCUCUCAGCAAGAUUGGCAUUCACUGCUUUCCGCAAUCCAGUCCACUAUAAAUCAACUUGAAUCAAAACUCCAGCAAUGGUCUGAAUAUGAAGAAAUGAAAGAUCAAUGCCUCUCCUGGUUGAGAGAGACGGAUACAAAACUUCAUGCUGUUGAUCUCAAAGCAACAGCUGACGAAAAGAAGGAACAGCUUGAAUUAUUAAAAGCACUUCAAGGAGAGAUCAGGGCAAAAGAACUUGAAAUAGACGCUGUUACGGACAAAGCACAGCAGCUUCACAAACCAAGUACUAGAAGCUCACACAUUACAGAGCUUCAACAUAAGUACCAACAGCUAUCAGCAAAAGUAAAGGAUCUUACUAAUCGUUGGCAAGGGUAUGUUUCACGACACAUCGAGUUCAACAGCGGCAUCAUUGAAGCCUGCCAGUGGUUGGAUGGGAUCAAAACAAGGCUCCAGUAUUGCUCUGAUCUGAGUGCUUCCUCUCAAGAAGAUUUAGAAACUAAAGUUGAACUCAUUCAGGAUUUACUCCUUUACAAGGAUGAAGGUUUUGUCAGAGUUCAGAGCUGUGUUGAAUUAGGACAGAGUGUACUAGUUAAUACAGCUCCAUCGGGACACGAGGAGAUAAAUAACGCUCUUGAAAAUUUACAACAGGAAUGGAGCAAUUUAGCUACGAAAAUGGUCGAUACUAAGGCCCUUCUUGAUGAUUGCAUUCAUAAGUGGGCUGGUUUCCUGGAGCAGAUACAGCAACUAAAUAAGACUGUUGAACAUCUGACCAGUUCAUACGCAACUGUUUCUGAAUAUCAGACAACAUUUUCAGAAAAAAGAACUCAGCUGGAUAAGAUAAAGACUCUCGAAGAAAGAGUGAGAUGUGAAAAAAUCGAAGUAGAUGGUCUGAAAGCUAAGUCUGCCGAAAUGUUAGCAAGUGGUCAGCAAGACCAUGCAGCUACACAAGCUCAAGAGAUAUUGAAGAAAUUCGAUGAUAUUGCAGAUAAAAUUAGAACUUUAAUGAAUGAACGAGAAGCUGAAUAUCAAGAACACAGAAGGUUUAAGGAUGCAAUGGAAGAACUUGCAGCCUGGCUUGCUCGUGCUAGGGAGCGACUUCCAUCUCUUAAAUCCCGCUCUCUUUCUGAUAAGUUGGCAUUAGAAGAUGCUAUGGCACCAUUACAGUCGUUACUGAACAAAAGAGCCCAAGGCGAAUUGCUAGUUGAAGCAGUAGUUACUAGCGGAGCUGUAGCCGCUGCAAGUACAUCUCCAGAAGGUGCUAAUCUCAUCAACAAUGAUGUCAAGGCCAUAACAGAAAGCUUCCAGUCAUUUUUCAAAGAUGUGCUUGCACAGAAAGAACAACUUGAAGCUAUGGUUAUACAAUGGAAGAAUUACAAAGAUGAAUAUGAAAAGAUUUCUGACUGGCUACAGCAGAUGGAUAUUUUAGUGAAGGCUGAAAAGACUGCUCUUCUUGGAACUGCUGAAGAAAAGAAAAAACAAGUUGAAACUGUCAAGAACAUCAUGGCAAAACUAGAAAAAGGACAAGAACAAAUAGAUAAAAUUAAUCAGAUCGCUGCACCAUUACUUUCAUCUCACCUAGACACGUAUGUGAAUAAUCAAAUGAGACAUUUGAACUCAAGAUAUGAGGUGCAACUUAAUCUAGCCAAAGAUGUAUUAAGAAAAGUAGAGACUAACUGUGAGCAACAUGAAGAAUAUGAAAAAAAUCUCCUCAAAGCAAGAGACUGGUUAAAUGAUGCUAAGGAAAUCAUCAGAGAAUCUAGCACUUCAGCCGCUACAGCAUCCAAAGAUGUUCUUCAGGCUAGGCUUGCCAAAAUACAGGAACUGACCAAUAGAAGAGAAGAGGGUCAAAGUCUUAUUCAUGCGACAGUGAAUUCAGGGGAAAAGGUUCUAAGAGCCACUCGCUCUGAUGGUAAAGAAGCUAUCGCAAAUACAUUAAAAGAGCUUCAAGCUGAAUGGGAACGACUUGUCAAGAAGAUUUCAACAGCUAAAGUCCAUUUAGAAACGAGUCUACUCCAGUGGGCAGACUAUAGUUCAAGUUAUUCUCAAUUACAACAAUGGAUCAGUGAUAGAGAGGCCAAAUUGAUGGAAGUCUGUGAACAAAAGUUAUCCAAAGCUAAGAGAGGUCAAGCUUCCGGUUUGGCAUCACUAAGCAUCGUUGAGAGAAAAGCAACUCUAAGGCAGACCAACUCCAUUGUCCAGGACAUUGUAUCAUUUGAACCUAUGAUCCAAUCAGUUACAUCAAAAGCUGAAGAUCUUCAACAAGCAGCUCCUGAAAUCACUGUCAAGUAUGAAAGUCUUUCCAAGGCUGCCAAAGAACUCCUUGAAAAACAGAGAGAAACCGUAGAAGGCCAUCAAGCAUUCAUUGAUGCUGGAAAUGAGUUUGGUACCUGGCUCAGAGGUGCCAAAGAGAUGCUUGGCAAAUGUGCUGAAGCUAUGGGGGAUAAGGAUUCUUUGGCAAACAAACUUACCCAAUUGAAGAUUCUUCAGAAUGAAAUUCCAGAAGGGCAGUCUAAAUUAGAGAAGGCACUUCAGUUAGGAGAAGUCGCCUGUGCUUUAGCCGAUGCUGAUGACAAAGAAGUAAUUGAAGAGGAAGUGGUUUUGCUUCAAGAUGAGUUUGACAGUUAUGUGGAAUCAGUUGGUACAACCAAAAAUCUUCUUGAGACUGGUAUUAUGAAAUGGACUGAAUAUGAAGAUCAAUAUAAAGAAGCAGUUGAAUGGUUAAGCCAGACAGAAGAAUCAGUCCAAUCAUUCAAUAAGUUACAAAGCACCCUGGAAGAGAAGAGGACGAUGCUAGAACUGUUUCAAGGCCAUUUACAAACUUUGUUCGGCUGGCAACAACAAUUAGACAACCUCAACUUGAAAGCUCAGCUACUUCUUGAAACAUGUUCCGAUACUCGAGUAUCGAAUGCUUUGAUGCAAUUGACUACUAAGUAUAACGCAUUGCUAUCACUCGCAAAGGAAGUCAUGAGACGACUAGAACUCCAUUAUCAAGAGCACCAACAACAUAAUUCUCUUUAUCAAGAAUGUCAACAAUGGAUUGAAAAAACCAAAGAGAAGGUUGCUACUUGUAGUGAAAUGCCGAAUUCAAUUGCUGAAGUUAAUUCUCGCCUUGGGGUUGUAAAAGGCCUACAACAAGCCCUCGAACAGGGGCAAAAUAGGUUCCGCUAUGCUCUAGAACUUAAAGAAAAAGUAAUUCUCAAUACUGAACCGAGCGGUGUAGCCAAAAUUCAGGAAGAUACAGAUUCACUUAAACAAGAAUUUGAUAAGCUUACAACUGAUGUUCAAAAUUUGAGACAGCUUCUAACUGCAAGGGCUGGUGAGUUAGAAGAGGUAAAUAAACUGGUAUCGGCUAUGAGAGAAUGGACAAAUGAAAUGAAACUGAAGGCUGUUAGAAAUGAUUCAUCUGACAUAUGUGACACUAAAGCAGAGCUUGAGAAAUUUAAAGGAUUACUGAGGCAGAUUAAUAAUCAGUCUGAUCUAAUUGGAAAAAUACAACAAAAAUUGGAAAAUGAUGAAACUAUUCCCAGAAAAGAUUUUGAUAAAUGUUUAGAAGAUUAUAAAAACCUCAAGGAUAUGGUAACUGCAACCCUGAAAGAACUUGAAACUGAGGUUAAGGAUUAUGAUAAUUAUCUUUCAAACCAAAGUGAAGCAUUUGAUUGGGUCCGAAAGACUAGAAUUUCAGUGCAAAGUUGCAGCGACUGCCAUGGAGAAAGGGAAGCUACAAAAUCCAAAGCAGCUAAGCUGCAAGACAUAUCCAAUACAUUCCAAGAAGGCGAAUCUCUUGUUGAAUCAGCAAUUGAAAAAGGAAAGUCCAUAUUAAAUCGAUUAGGACCUGAUGGCCGAGAUGCAAUCAAGAAUGAUUCCACACAGUUAAAAUCAAGCUUGGAAUCAUUAAGAAGUUUAUUAAGAGACACUCAAAGUAAUAUUGGAAAGUGUUUAUUAGCCUGGGAGGAUUAUAAUGGAAUCAGAGUUUCUGUACAUGGUUGGUUAGAAGAUGCCAAAUUGAGGGUGAAGAAAGAAGUUCAGGACAUCGGUGAUGGUCAAGGAAAAACAACUGAAGAUCUAGAAACUGUUCGCAAGCUCAUGGAUGAAAUAAAUGGAAAGAAGGGCGCUGUUGAAGAACUAGGAGACAAAUGUGAAGCGCUUAUGGAAAUGUCAGCUUGUAACUGGGUCAGAGAUGAAACAGUUAAAAUACAAGCUGAAUACACCUCUCUUUUCUUGGAAAUUCAAGAGCUUGUAUCACGAGUUGAAAAGAAUCUAUCUGACCAGACUGAGUUCUUAAAGGCUAAAUCAGAUCUUGAGGAUUGGCUUCAAAGAUCUCAUGGAACUGUCAAGGAUUGCGCUGGUGUUGGUAGUGAAGAAUGGACAAAAGACAAAAUUACAACUAUUGCUCUUGUGUCCAACAGAAUUACUGAAGGCCAACAUCUGAUGAGUGUCGUAGAAGAGGUUUUCAAACGAGCAUUGGACAGAUCUCCACCAGAACAUCAAGAUUCUCUAAGAGAGUCAGUCGAAGUACUUCAUAAUUCUUGGGACCAACUGACCAUGGACUUGAAAUCAGUUACUGCACAAUUGAAAGCUGCUCUUGGAAGGUGGGAAGAUUUCGAAGAAAGUGUCCUACGUGCCAAAAAUUUCUUGGAUGGAAUCUCCAGUCAAUUGGCUGAGAAAUAUGAUACUAAAGCUGAGCUGGGUGAAAUGAAGACGAUUUUAGAAAGGUUAAAACACAUUCAGAAUGAAUUAUCUGACAGCAAACGUGAACUUGAACGUUUAGAAAAUGAGGCAAUCCUUUUGGAUUCAUGGGCUGGUUCAGACAAAUCCGUGGCUAAAGUGAAUGCACUGAAAUCGCAAUGGAAGGAAAUUGAAACUGUUGCUAUUAACGCUCAGAGCAGUCUGGAAGAUGAAAUGAAACAACACGCUGCUUAUCACCAGGCCUUACAGGACACAGAAAAAUGGCUUUUACAAGUUUCGUUCCAAUUGAUGGCCCAUAAUUCAUUGUAUAUUACAAACAAAGAACAAACAAUGGAACAAAUUCAACUGCAUGAUUCUCUACUUCAUGACAUCAUAGAGUAUCAAAGUGAUUUAGACGAUCUAAGAUCAAAAGGCUAUUGUCAAAUCGAGCGGUACGUCAAAACUACUCCUUCAAUAAAAGAAGUAAUUGAGCAACAAUUGGCAAAUGUACAAGAAAGUUACAACUCUCUCCUACAUACAGCAAAACAGAUCAAGAAUAGGCUCGAUGAAUCUCUUGAGAAAUUCAUCGAAUAUGAGAAAACUUUAGAAAGUAUUAUGUUGAAUUUGGAUCAAGUGGAAGCAGAACUAAGCUCUGAAAUUUUACCAACAGAUGAGUUAGUUGUAGCAAAGAAACAACAUGAAGCAUAUAAGGUUUUGCAAAAUAAAUUAGAAGGGGAAAAAACGCGCCUCGGUGCUGCUAUUGCUGCAUGUGAAGCUGCCGCUGCCUGUAUAUCAAGGCCCUCGAGCCCUCAGGAUCCGACCACUGCGCCGAUCCCCGACAGGGAAAUAGCUGUAAGGGUUAGGCUAGAAGAUCUAGUAGACACAUGUGAAAGAUCUCAAACUGAACCCAGCAUGAUAAGAUUAAAUAAAAUUGUUCAUCAACUCAAAGAAGGUGGUGCAUUAAAAAAGGUGGAUGACAUAAAUUUUAUGGUUGAAGGAAGAUUAGGAACAUUAAACCAACUGGUUUCCGAAUUAGAGGAUAAAGAAAGAAAAUUAGCUGAAAUAGAAGACUGGAUAACAAACCAAGGAAAAGCAGUUUCUGAAUGGAGCAAAAAACCUGGAAAAUUAAGAGCUGAUGCAGCUAAGGCAGAAAUCUCUUCGAUGGGAGCCUUGAAAAAUAGUAUUGCCGAAAAAAGGAAUCUUCUUCUUACAGCAUUUCCUCAAGGGGAACACAGCACGUCAGUCUCCAAGAAAUUAGACGAUUUGGAAACUCUAUUAUUGGAAACCAUUGCCAAAAAACAGAGUGAUGAAGAUUUUGUCGAAUCAUAUCGUCAGCAAUGUUCAGAAGCUCAAGCAUUUUUGGAUAAUCUGAUCCGUGACUUGGAAGGAGUUGAUAAAGGUCGUGGAUUACCGUUAGAAGGAAAAUUGAAUAGCUUGCAAGGGAUACUUCAAAACCACAGCGAAAUGAAAUCCCUGACUGUUCCUAAAAUUAGAUCUCUGAUGAAUAAUGUUAUUGACAUUGUUAGUAACUUAGAUGCUCAGCAAGUAGAAGAACAGGCAAAAUCGAUAGAAAGGAGGUUUAAUGAAAUUGGAAAACGUAUACAGCGUAAAAUGGAAAUUUUGCAAUCAACUCAGUCAGAGCUAAAAGCCAUAGAAGAUGAAGUGAAUGAAGCUAAAUCCUGGGUUUCUGAAAAAGCAGAUUAUGUCAAGAACCUCCCACCUGUUGGGUAUCAAGCUAAGAUGUGUGAUGACCGGGUUCAUUUACUGAAAGCUCUUCUAAAGGAAGCAGAAGGGAAACAAGUCCUAGCUAAUUCCGCAGAAAAAAGGUUACAGAAUAUUUCUAACGAAUUAGAACCUUUUGAAGUAGAGUCUGUAUCUCAACAAAUUCAGUCAUUGAAAUCCGUCGUAUCUGACCUCGUUCAAGAAGUUAAACAUGCAGUUGAAAAAGCUAAUGAAGCCGGAAAUGAGAGAAAAUCCCUUGAAAAUAAGUUGUCCUCUGUACAUGAAAAACUAAGAAACUUAUACGGAUGUAAGCCCCAGUUUCAUGGAUCUCACGAGCCCCUGUUAGCUGCUGUAGUUGAAAAACAUAUUUUGGAAAAUAAGGAUUAUAUUAAUAAAAUGAAAAAAAUUGGUGAAGAAGAAUUGCCUUCUCUUCAAAAGCAAGUAUCUGCUGUUCUCAAAAGUUGUAAUCCAGAUGAUGAAGAAAAACUUAGAUCUAUUGUUAAAGCUAUAUCAGAAGAACACACACGCAACGUGAAUGAAGGUGUGGAAAGAGAUGGUAAUCUGAAGAAACUACUGGAGACUAGGCUUUCAUUUGAGGCAUCUCUUGAGAAGAUACAGCAAUGGCUGAAUCAGGCUGAGGUCUCGCUGUCAGCUGAUGUCAGAGGUUCCAGUCUCAAGGUCAUUCAAGAACAACUUGACAAAUAUUCAAAGCUGAAUAAGGAAUGCCAGGAUGUAAAGUCUGAGUUGGAAGGACUGUGCAAAGUAGGUUCCGAAAUGAAACUGAGUCAGGCCGAUAGGCUUACCCUGAAUGAUAACUUAGGGACACUGGAACAGAGAAGAAGUAAAAUUGAAGCCGACAUCCUCAAAAAACUCUCAGCCCUCGGGGAAGCAUUAGAAAAUAUGAAACAGCUUCAAAUGAAAGUGGAUAAAUCUAAUGCCUUAAUUGGGAAAGUCAAAGAAGAAAUGAAAAAUUUAUCGAAACCGCUAGGCUGCAAAAUCGAAGAUGUACAAGAAACUAUUGAUGCAUAUCAGCGAUUACUUGAUGAACUAAAAGAUUGGGACGGCUCAUUAGGAGAUGAAAAUAUUGAAGGCUUAGAAGGUGUCCAUGGUAAUCUUCAGGAUCUAAUUAAGUUAUUAGAAGAUGAAAUCUCAAGAUUACGAGACUUGUUAAGAUUGAGGCAGCAGUACCUUGCCCUGGUCACUGAUAUUACUACGUUCAUUACAACCUACACUCCAAUCGUUCAGGAUAUUGAAACGUCCAACCAACCAACUCAAGAUAAAAUAAAGAAACUUGAUGAUGUAAUUUUGAAAAUUCAAGCCUGUGAUGCUACACUUGCUUCUGCUACCGAUAAAGGUGAAAGGAUAGCAUUGGAAGGCUCUUCGGCUGAUGCUAACGCUAUCACAUCGCAGUUACAAUCUCUUAAACAGCAGCUUGGCGUCCUCCGGAAGGCUGUAGAAGCAGCCAGGGAAAGAACAAUAAAUGCUGAGAGGGCCUAUUCUAAAGCUAUGCAAGAAUUAGAUGCGCUGCUUGACUGGUUACAUGCUCACGAACUAGAAGUCAAACAGCGACCUUUAUUGGAAAUUGCAUUGGAAAGUGUUGACGACGAAAUUAGAAAACAUGAGGUUUUAGCAUCAGAGGUGAAAAAGUAUCUCAACGGAGUGGAAAAACUAAAUGAGAAAUUCAAAUCAGAAGAGUUCCUUCCUGAUACGUUACAGGAGCGAUUGAGUGAGGCUUCAUCAUUAUUACAUAGCCUUCCUGUUCAACUAAAGGAUAGAGAACAGUAUUUGUUGGAUAAUAAGAAAUUCCGCAUUACUUAUAAUGGAUUAAGACAAAACUUCUUUGACUGGAUCGAUAAUGCAGAAAGGAAAUUAGAGAUUGGAAAGGAUGGUAUAGAUAUAGGAGAAAUUCAGAAUUUACUUGAUGACCAUAAUAGCUACUUUUCCGACGAAAAAAGUCUUCAUGACCUUGUAUCAGUUGAAAUCCAUAAGGCUGGUUCUGCACUGUUACCAUCAUUAGGAAGUGAAGAAUCAGAAGUGCUAUCUGCACGACAGGGAGAACUCGGUCAGUCAUUAAGAAAUAUCCUCAACUCAGCCAAGUCUAGAGGUGCUCGGCUAAAUGAAGCUUUGGAAUUAUCAAGGUUGUAUAAGACGGCUUUAAAUACUGCAGCUACGGCUCUAGAAAGAGCAACGUUUUCAGAUGAACCACACAAUCAAAUGGAUGUUGAUUUAUUGAAUGAAAGAAUGAGAGAAUUAUUGCCUUAUUUAAACACCGAUAGUCAAGCCAUUAUUUCAAGUGAAGUGGCAUCAUUGAAUGAAGACUGGGCCUCUCUCAUGUCGAACCUUGAAUCCAGACGAGAUACUCUUGCAAAACUGGCUUCUUUGUGGGAGGAAUUUGAGGGAAAACUACAAAAGUUCGAAUCAAAUCUUUUACCUAUUGAUGACAAGAAUAAACACAUCGAUAUGACUAUCAGAUGCAAGGAUCAUCUGUUGGAAAUCAAAGGGAGCUUAGAGAGUUUACUGGAUUCUUUGACGAAAUCAGGCUCAGAUUUAGAAGAGGUGAAACGUCUGUCUCAGCCAAUCUUCACGUUCCUUGAAGCCGUUUCGCCCUCAUCAGCUGAACUUCUUAGCACUAAGAUCUCAAAUACUCAUAACCAUCAUGCCAGGUAAGAAUUAUUCUUU